UACUUUAUGAUGUUUGCGGUUCCCCUUUGUGCUUUUGUUGGAUCCGCUCGCUGCCUCCUCUGAAACUUCACUCUCUUGAUCGUUUCGGGAGCGACAGGAUGGAGUCGCACGCCGGUACAGCGCUGCAGAAACAUGUUCUGCUGUGGUUCAUCAUAGUGGCUCAGUGUUCCCCGGCGCUGGGAUGUGGAGCCCACUACGAGUACGUGAUCGAGGAGUUCUGCCUGACCAAAUUCAGGCUAGACAUGCAGGAACUGGACCAGAGUCAGUGGUGUAGCUGGGAGGACACAGUCAAAUUCUAUGAAGCUCUAACAAACUGCACACACCUGUUGGCAAUGAACAUGAGCUGUUACUGGCCCAAUCAAAUGGUGGACGCGUUCUUCAUCCAGGUCCACAGGCACUACUUCCAUGACUGCUCAGUGUCUGGACGACGACUCAGGGAUCCUCCAAACCGCAUUUUGGGUCCUUUCAUUGUGGUUCCCAUCCUGGUCACCUUCCUCAUGACGGCCCUGGUGGUGUGGAGGAGCAAGCGCAGCGAGGGGAUUGUUUAAUAAAGGGAACAGUUGAGGGCUGGCGUUACAAGUCAAAACAUGCUUUUUACCCCCGAGGUAACACUAGUGUCGGUGUUGGGGACAGGGUUAUGUUAGAAGGAAAAGAUGAACUCCAGACCCUAAAAAUAGGUUCCACUUCAUGGAUCUGUGAAGACAUUAACAUCCAUUACAUUUUUGUUUCAUCUUCAAAGAUUGGAGUCAUUUCUUGGGUUUACUGAGCACCUUUUGCUGCAAUGUUCUCUUGGAUCUGGACCAGAAAACUGACUGGUGAUAGUAUAUUGUACAUAAAACUAUUUUGUUCUGUCAGGAACUGCUCAAAAGGCUGCGGGAUGUGAUUGUACAAACAUUAAACAAGUGCUUUCAACAACAAACGAACAGACAAUUAAAAGCUCUGACAGGAAACCCACAAAUAUUCUCGUCCUUACAUGUAUACAUACACUGUACCUAAACUGUAGUAUGUACAGCUUUGUGAUUAUUGUGUCAUGAUUUUGUUGCAUUUAAUGUAUUUUAUCUACACUACCAGUUCUCCUCAAAUCAAGACAGAGAACGGUGAAGCAGAAGCUCGGUUCAGGUAACAGGAAGCACGUUUUGGAAAAUAUCGUCAAACUCCAGCUUACUUUUUAAGAACUUCCACAGAUAUAGCCAUAAAAAUUACAAUAGGUUAAACAGUGGGCAGAUGAUAUUGGAAAACACAACUCCAGAUAAAAAGAAGAUUCAAAGCAGUGGGUAACUUUAAGUUAGCCAACGCACAACGCUCCUGAGCAUCGUCAUUGCCCAAAGCACAGUUUGUGAAUCAUGAACCUUGGGUUUCUAUUGAUUUAUGAUCUCUCGGUGUAGUAGAGUGUGCCGUGUGAACUUGUCCUUCAUUGAUAUUUUCAAAUGCUCUUUUUCCUUUAUAAAUUCAUUGACCUGUAACCUGCCUGUCAGCAAAACACACUUUGAGAUACUCCCACAGUUUGUACUUUGUGCCAAAACCUCUUGAAGAAAAGAGAGAGCCAUGUUUGUUAUGAAACAAAAAUAUAUAACGUAUUCUGUUGGAAUGACUUUCACUGAUUGAUUCUGAAAUCUGUGAUUGUGAAGAGAUUUUCAAUAAAAUGUCUGAAUAAUGUGUUGAAUACACACA